UUGCCUUUUUUUUUGCAGGGGAAGGAAAUGUGAGCUGGCUUAAUUUUCUUUACUGGUUUAACUCCUUGAACCAACUUGGGCUUCAAGGAUCACAGAAGCACGAGGGGAAAGAAGCAGCAAUGCAGAGGCGUUGUCUGGAAAGGGCAGGAUUGCAGCAGUACUGACUUAAUUUAUUUAACCUUUCACAGACUAACACCCUUAGGAUUGUGAUGCAGGAGUUGGGGGGCAGCUUAUGUUGGUACAGGUGUAGUGAUUUGUGUCCUCAGCUGUCCGUGCUGCUUCUUUGUCUGAAACAAACCCAGAGCUGGAAUAGGUAAGCUUCUUUUACAGCAGCUACUAGCCCACCGCAGCUUACUACCCAGCAUACUGAUGCGACUCCAGAUCAGUUUAUUUUGAUGUGCCCUGCUGUAAACUGAAGCAGUUUGGCUGAAUCUUCACUGCAGUUUGACCCCUAGAUGCUAUGGAAUUAUCAUAAUAGAAAACAAGAAACUUUACUUACUGCCUUUCUUUCAUCUUCGUGAGGAAAGGACAAAUACUUAAAAGUUUGGAUGCUCUUCCUUCUGUAUUAGCUGAAAAAGGAGGACUAUCUGGCAGGUCAAUCUGAAAUAGAAGCACCUUGCAGUAUCUGGUAGAGAAAGAAGAAAUACUCGGACUGAAAGUCCUGUGUUAUGUCAGUUCUGUAUGUUGUAGAACAAUGUUCCAGCUGUUGACCUGCAGGCCCAGUCCAGCCUCUGGGAUGCUUUUGUCUAAACGAUUACCUCUCCUUUGCAGGAGAUGAAGAUGUGUUUGCACUGUGUAUGCUGCCAUAAUAGUUGAACGCUUUGCUGUGCACGAUCUGUGCAUGCGUGUCUGUGGCAGUCCAAGUUGGAGCAAAGGAGAAAUGAAGGCAUGCUUCCUCUGUAUUUGUGUGGCCCGGUACAAAGCCUGGAAGUUGUCCCUAGUACAUCUGUAAUCCUGAAUCUGUCAUCUAGACCUGUAGGCACAGAGACUGGAGCGUACAAAGAAGAUAAAUAUUUUUAGUUAGAUGUUUUCCCCAUUUAUCUCCUCAUUUAUGCUAUCAGACUGAUCAGUGUUUAAAAAUAGUUUGUGUGCAUAUGUCAGUAUUGCAAAAAUUACAAGCAGGUAUCCUUUAAGGAAAACAAACAUUUAAAAAAAUGGUAGUAGUAGGUGGGGGUGAGGUGGGAGAUGUAGAGGCUAAAGACCAUCAAAUUUUUGAAUGACUUCCUUAAAAGGAGAUGUUGGCAUCUGAAAAACAAAGCCCUGUAAUUAGGGUUUGGCUAUGCGCUUGCUCUGGUCUUGGUAUGUGCGAGUGCCUUGGCACAAAUCUGGCUGUCAUAUCUGCAAAAUGGAGAAUACUUUUUUCAGCAGAAGUUGUGAAAAUACUGAAGCAAUGGAAAAUAAACAAAAGUUGUUGAACAGUUUGUAGUCCUUCUGAUCUCUUGCAGAUACGUAUUUCCUUGUGUCGUGUGCACUCUUUUAAAUUUUAGGUGGGAGGACAGUUUAAUGUUAAAGGGCUGAUCCAGCAAAAUGUUAGAUUUUACCUAUGUUCUGGAGUUUAUACUUUCCUUUAACAAACAAUUCUUCAGACAGUAUCCUGAGCAUCAAAUUGGGUUUUGUUCUUGUUUACUUUUAGAUGCCUGUCUUAGAUGUCAAGCUGAAAACAAACAAGAAGAUUGUGUUGUGGUCUGGGGAGAAUGCAAUCAUUCCUUCCACAAUUGCUGCAUGUCCUUGUGGGUGAAACAGAAUAAUCGCUGUCCCCUUUGCCAGCAGGACUGGGUAGUCCAGAGAAUAGGCAAAUAAAAACACUGGAAGUUUUUUUUUUCUGUUGGACUUGUUGAAAUAGUGUAUGUCUUAUGCCAUAUGCUCAUACAAAAGAAAGGAACAGGCCAGUUAUGGCACAGUUUAUUUAGUUUGUCUGCUACAAGAAUGGAGUGGUUUUGUUGUGCACUCUCUGCUGUAUUAGGAAGCAAUGGUCAGUCUUAUUCCAGAUCUUUCCACAACUGAAAAGAGACGCUACAUUAACAAACGUGUCUAUUACGAUUUGAGCGUUAACUGUAUCGGUGUCAGAACAUGAAAUGUGUGUUGGUACAGAUUAUGCCCCAAAUACGGUCUAAUGUUUUUGGUUAGAGGAAUGAGUUAAUUCAAAAGGGAGAUCUUUUUUAAAAGUCUG